AUGGCCACCCCCGUUAAGCUACCUCUGACGGUGCGCAAGAGCAUCCGUGAUGAAUUUGAACCUGCCAAGGCCAAAUGCGAAGAGAAAAUAUCGUCGACUCUAGGCGAGCUAUGGAAGAUCGAUUUUGAUAUCGCUUUGGUAUGGGGCUACGCCAACGAAGCCCCACCCAGUAAUACCUAUCCUAGAGAAAGCACAGGAAAUAUGCUUGCCGAAUAUGCCAACAGCGCUGCUAGCGGCAUCUCAAAUUUCGCAGACAAAUUUGGAAGCGAUGGAAUCGCCGAACUGAAUAAACUGGCGCCAAGUCGCUCGAUUGUUCUUGAAUCGUACACCACACGAGUCGAUGGUACUUGCUCAUGCGAAAUCGCCAACGAGAAGCUCAAAAUUAUCUUUUCUCCAGGGGAUAUCGGGGUAAAUAUCGACGACGCUUUGUCGAAACUAUCCGAGGCAGUAAAUACCGCCAGUAAAAACUCGGAUUCGGUCAAUCUUCCAUUCGAUACUAGAAAGGAUAUCAAGGAAAACUACGAGUCUCGUGUCCCUGGAAUCGAGAGCCGUCUUGCGCAAAUCAUUGGGGUGGAUAAGGUUGGCAUUGUUGUCGAUUUCCACGCGAUUUAUGCCACGCUACUUGCGUACUACGAAAAGGACGAACAAUACUCGCUCCAAGGGUUUGAAAACGCCUUGGGGUCUCGCACUAUUGAGUAUCUGGAAAGUCUCCCGUCUGCCCUGGAAAGGGAUGGCUUUGACAAGGAUGAAAUGCUCCAGGAGGCAUUGCAAGAAGCUAUUUCGACGAGGACGGUAGCGGUUCGUCUGGUUGAAAAACUAGAAAGGAAUACGUAUAACGAAACUGUCAUUCAGGAUGGCAAGUUGUACCUUCAAACAGUCCCGAAGAACUGGGGCGUCAAUACCGACCAGAUUGCUAAUGGCAUCGUUGACCUCUUGUGA